UAAAAUUAAAUUUAAACCAAAACAUUAAAAAAAAAAGAAAGAAAGAUAAUAAAUAAAAAGAGGUGAAAUUCCUUGACCAUAGGCUGAAAAGCAAUUGGUGGGAGGGAUAAAGCAAGAUUAAAAACUUGUGCUUUUUGGGUUUUCACCUCUCCGCAGAGAAAGGGAAAGGGAAAGAAAGGGAUUUCGUUGGGCGGCCUUCAAUUUUUUACCACUCAAAUGUUGGAUAGUUCUCUUUUUCUGGAGGCUUCCGGCGCCGGCGCCGGCGGUGCAAGUGGUGGCUCAGCUCCAGAUGCGGCGGCGGCGGAGGAGGAGAUGAGAGGCGAGGAAGGCGACAGAGCUUCGACUGCGAAUCGAUGGCCUCGCGAGGAGACUCUGGCGCUGCUCAAGAUAAGGUCUGAUAUGGACCUCGCAUUUCGCGAUUCGGCCCUCAAGGCUCCUCUCUGGGACCAAGUCUCCAGGAAAUUAGGCGAGCUCGGUUACAAUCGCAGCGCCAAAAAAUGCAAGGAGAAAUUCGAGAACAUUUACAAGUACCACAAACGAACCAAAGAUGGAAGAUCCGCUCGUCACAAUGGCAAAACCUACAGAUUCUUCGAUCAAUUAGAGCUUCUCGAUACUCAAUUACCUUCUUCCUACGCCAUGGCAGCAUCUGCUCCGUCUAUACCCUGUCCCAGCGCUGCAGCUGCAGCUGCCGAGUUCAUGUCAGCCUCGACAUCGACGGCGUCGUCCUCGGAACGAGAUUCAGACGGCAGUGUGAAGAAGAAGAAGCGAAAGCUCGUCGAAUACUUCGAGAGGCUGAUGAAGGAGGUGCUGGAGAAGCAAGAGGAUCUGCAGAACAAGUUCUUAGAGGCAUUGGAGAAGUGCGAGAAGGAUCGAAUGGCUCGGGAGGAGGCGUGGAAGGCGCAGGAAAUGGCGAGGAUUAAGCAGGAGCAGGAGUAUCUAGCUCAGGAACGCGCGAUCGCGGCGGAGAAAGACGCGGCCGUGCUCGCCUUCCUGCAGAAGAUCACGCAGCAGGCGCUCCCAUUCCCGAUGCCCGAAACGCUCACUUCAUUGUUCGACAAGCGGUCAGACAACAAUCAAGAAAGCGUCGCAGAGAAGCGCCACGACAAUGGUGGCGGCGGUGGCGGCGGCGGCGGCGGUGUCGCCGGAGAAACUUCCACGCAGAAUGAGAAGCACGAUAACAGCGACGUCGUUGUUCAGACGAGCGCGAGCUCUUCUCGAUGGCCGAAAGCAGAAGUCGAAGCAUUGAUCACGCUGAAGACUGAUCUUGAUUUGGAGUUUCAGGACACCGGUCCGAAAGGGUCAUUGUGGGAGGAGGUUUCGUCGAGGAUGAAGAAGAUUGGUUACGAGAGAAGCUCAAAAAGGUGCAAGGAGAAGUGGGAGAACAUUAACAAGUACUACAAAAGGGUGAAGGAUAGCAAUCGUAAAAGGCCGAGGCCGGAGGAUUCGAAGACAUGUCCUUAUUUCAACAUGCUCGAGUCGCUCUACGCGAAGAGGGCCAAGAAAUCGGGGCACGGAUUGGAGAACGGCGCGGGAAAUUUGAAACCCGAGCAGAUUUUGAUGCAGAUGGUGGGAGGCCAAGACGAGACCCAGCGACAACCGGAGAAUUCGGUUGGCGAGUAUUGCGAAAGCGAUCGUCACGAGCAAGAGGACGGCGCAGACGACGACGAACAGGAUCGCGACGACGCUGGAGAAGGCUAUCGGGUUGUUGGUAGUAAUAACAACCUCUCGUCGGUGACGACGUUGGGGUAAAGAGACUACGAUUUCGACAAUUUUGGAAGCAAACAUCGCCUUGAUCAGGUUAUUUUUCUUGCUUAAGAUAGCUAAUAGUUAUAUCGAUCGAGUUUGGUAGCAGGUCGUGACGACAACAACGACGGAGGCGGCGUCGGGAUCGAAUCACGGUGGUUCAAUGGUGAGGUGAGUUUGAGAAGAACUUAUUUAGCUAAAGACACUAUUUUGUGCUUCCUAUACGACAUGUUUGUGCUGUUGUUGUUCUUGUGCAUUCUUUUUGAUACUUUUGUUAAUGUCUGUUUGUUUGUUUGUCUGUGUUGUAUUAUUUUUUGGUACUUUAGUUACUAUCUCUGUUUCUGUCAUGUGUUGUAAUAAAAGUCUUUCUAUUUCUGGGCUUUCAACAUGCUCUGGAAUCCCAAUUCUGCAUCAUCAUUUAUAUAAAUGAUUUGCCAACAA